AAAGUGUGUGUGUUUGUGUGUGUGUUACAGUUUGAAAAUGAAUCAAAGGCUGGACCCCAACUUUACACUGGUGGAAAAUCAGUACUUGUAUUCUCCCAAUAGCUCUCAGGAAGACACUUACCCGCAGAACAACAUCACAUAUGUCGUUUACUACCUGCACGAGCCAGCCGUGGCUGCCAUUUUCAUCAUCUCCUACCUGCUCAUUUUCCUGGUCUGUAUGGUCGGCAAUGGAGCGGUGUGUUUCAUUGUGCUUCGGAGCAAGAACAUGCGCACCGUCACUAAUGUGUUCAUCUUGAACCUCGCUAUCAGUGACCUUCUUGUGGGAAUCUUUUGUAUGCCAACAACACUUGUGGAUAAUAUUAUUACUGGGUGGCCAUUUGGAAGUUUGGUGUGCAAACUGAGUGGGAUGGUUCAAGGAAUGUCAGUGUCAGCAUCUGUGUUUACACUGGUUGCCAUCGCUGUUGACAGGUUUCGAUGCAUUGUUUACCCAUUCAAACAGAAACUGACAAUAUCAACAUCAAUGUUAAUAAUUCUGAUUAUUUGGGUUUUGGCACUUUCCAUCAUGUGCCCAUCUGGGGUCAUGCUACAAGUCACCAAGGAGCACAAUGUACGGGUACUUCUUGGGGAUGGAAAUGAAACAAUCCCUUUCUACUGGUGCAGAGAAAACUGGCCUAACCAGGGGAUGAGAAAAAUUUACACCACUGUCCUGUUUGCCAACAUCUACCUCGCACCCCUGACCCUGAUUGUGAUUAUGUACGCCCGGAUUGGCAUUACGCUGUUCAAGACAGCCAUGCCCACAGGGGGCAAGCCUGGCCAGGAAAAUCGCCAAGCAGUGUCAAAGAAGAAAAAACGGGUCAUCAAGAUGCUGCUCACCGUAGCCUUGCUUUUCAUCCUUUCCUGGCUGCCCCUCUGGACACUCAUGAUGCUGAGUGACUACGCCAGCCUGACCGAACACCAGUACAGGGUGAUAAACAUUUACAUCUACCCUUUUGCACACUGGCUAGCCUUCUUCAACAGCAGCGUCAACCCAAUCAUCUACGGCUUCUUCAAUGAAAACUUCCGGAAGGGAUUUCAGGCGGCGUUCAAGUUCCAACUGUGCUCGGCCAGCAUUGGGCGGAAAGAGACCUACUCACACAGGGUCCAAGCAAAUUCUGUCCUCCCCACCAAUUUGCAAGUGUCGAAAGGGGCCGCUGCUCCUAGUGUCAACUGUGACGACAACAACCGCUCCACUGUAAGCUCCACCCUGAAUGACCAGGAUCUAAUCAUGGAAGACCUUGAAAAGGUGGUUUAUGACCUCUGAGUUGAAAAGGAAGCC